CCACAAAGGACGUUGCUGACUGUGAACGAGCUCGCAGUCAACCGACUCUCUCACAAUCUUGGUUGCAAUCAAAACAUCCAGCCUUGAGAUCCCAUCCUUUCGCUUGCUACGCAACCAUGGAGCUUCUAUUCCGAGGAAAUAUGUCGGUUGGCGUCGUUCUCUCUUUGCUGUCACUGUCACUCUGUUCGAUAUCGGCUUUCCAGUGGUUCGGUCAUCGGCGAUCACCCGCACCUUUUCGUCAGAACCAGAACCGAAACAUAAAAGGGACACUCACGAGACCCCAACUAAACCAUGGUGGACUCGGAAUGGUUAUCAAGGAAGGCAAUUCCAGUAACAUCGACAAUCAAAAAUACACACCACAUCUCUCCACCAACGGUUUGAAAGACGGAGAACCAACGCAUUCCAUGAGUCAGACAUCCCGGCUGUCCCACGCCAUGCUCAAAGUACCCCGGGUCGACGAAACAGUCCGAUUUUGGCAAGCUCAAGGGGGUACAGUACUAAAAUCUUCCUUGGAUGACAGGCAUGCCUACAAAUCGGCAUUCGUCGCUCUUGGCAACGGCACAUCUACCAAAGACACGUUUGCGCUGGAGCUCGUCCCAUACGAAGCCCCUGGUUUUCAUGUUGGUAACGUUGUCUCUUAUCUGGGCGUUAGCCUGCUGCUUCAAUUCCGUGACAAUCUGCUGGGUGCCGUCAAGGGCGAGAAGCCUUCCAACGCCGGUAUGAGCAAAACACUUUCCUGGGACGACGAACCGAACGGCAUAGCGAUUCAAAGUGCUGCGUCAGCACCAGGGGACUACUUUUGUCGGUUAGCGCUUAAAUCGAACGAUUUGGAAGCUAGCCGCGACUUUUAUACUAACUUGCUAGGUAUGCAGGUCAAGGCAGCCGACGAGACAAUGCUCUGUCUACGAUACGAACCGUCCAACGCCGACGGGUUGAGCCGGCAAGGGGGUGUACCCACAACAUUGGUGCUAGAAUACACUAAAGAGCCACUUAAUCAUGGGAAUUGUCUGGAUCACGUUGCUAUUCGAACACGAGCCAACGUGGAAGACGAAUACCGGAGGCUUCAGCAAGCCUUUGUGAAGGGCGAGAUAGACAGCAAGCUGUAUUUAAAGCCAACGCAAAUGUUUGGGGCAACCGUUAUGGGAGUGAAAGACCCCAACGGAUAUCGCAUUGUACUAGCGAGCGAGGUAUGA